AUGAGUUUAUAUGCUUGUGUGAUCCUCUUCUUUUCGCUAUUCGAACGCAGAUCGUCGAACCGCGUCGCCGUAACGGUCAAAAAUUCACAGAGACACAAGGGGGAGGGCAGUUGGGAUCAUUUGCAGCAUUUAAAUGUAGCUCGUCAGAUUCUCAGACCGUUUACUCGGUCUCGCAGUACAGGUUGGUCGUCGAAACGCAACGUCCUUCGGACCGAGCCUCAGUCCAAUCGCAGUGCCCUUUCCCACUUUAUCUCGUCCUUUCGCCUACAACUCACUUCUCCUCGGUCAGCCCAACUUUGGCGUAGCCAAUCUGCCCAGCCACACUCGGCUCUAUGCUCGCUUUUAUCCCGCAGCCGCCGGACAGUGUGCCAGAUCAAGUGGAUUACACGAAACCCAAUCACCUACACCCACAAUCCUCCACAUCGGCCAACUUCUGCUUCUCCAAUUGGCUAA